UCACGUGACGCAAUUGGCUCGAAAACUUCGCGCAAAUAUCGAGUUGACGUCCAGUUUUAUUCCAAACAAUUAAACAACUCUGUUGGAAUACUUUUCCAGUUUGUUGCAAUUCAUUUGACGCCCGACUGAAUGUCAUUAAACGGGUUGAUAACGAGUUCUGGGAGGAUGAGAAACGCGGGAGAGCUGACUCAGAGUCCUUUCCAGCAGCUACGCCAGCAGAUGCUCGACAUCUUGGGAGACGGAGGGAUCCUGAAGGAGGUGGUCCAGUCUGGAGAGGGUCCACCUGUGCCUCAAAAUGCUUCAGUAUUGAUGUAUUACUCUGGUUUCCUGGAGUAUUCUGAUCAGCCUUUUGAUACCACCGCACACCUCAAGUACCCUCGGAUGAUGAAGUUGGGGAGAGAUCUGACACUAGCUGGAUUGGAGCUGGGGCUGUUGACCAUGAAGAGAGGAGAGUUCUCUCGUUUCCUCUUCCAGCCACAGUACGCAUACGGAGACAUGGGCUGUCCUCCGUAUAUCCCUGCUGCUGCCACUGUUCUGUACGAGGUGCAGAUCCUGGACUAUUUUGACUCCGCUCAAGUGGAUGACUUUUUUACCAUGAGUCCGGAGGAGCAAAACACCAUUCCAUUGUCCACACUUCUAGAAGUCGUCAACACUCUGCGCAACUUUGGCAACCGUUGCUUCAAUCAGAGCAGAUAUGAAAAUGCCAAAGAUCGUUAUAAACAAGCAAUAACUCUGCUGGAAAACAGAAACCCACGGAGCGUGCCAGAGAAAGAGAAGAUCAAGACAGCUCGGCUCCCUCUCUAUCUGAACCUUUCUCUCACUGAGCUCCGUCUGGAGAACCCACGCAAAGCCCUCAAAUACGGAAACAAAGCCCUGGAGCUAGACGCCGCCAACACAAAGGCUCUUUUCCGCUGUGGGCAGGCUUACCUGGAGCUGUGUGACUAUGAGAGCGCUCAGGGUUGCCUCAUAUCUGCUCAAGCAAAGAAGCCUUUUGAUCAUGACAUCAACAACCUGCUGAAGAAAGUGGCAACAUGUUAUAAAGACAGCUUGGACAAAGAAAAAUAUGUUUACUCCAGGAUGUUUAGAGAACUGAGGGACCCAGAGAAGAUGUGAGGAUCAUCU